AUGAGCCGGACGUUGUUCUCCUUUCUUUGGUGGUGGUUGAGCGCAGACUGCAGACUGCAGACCCACCCUGUCGUCGGAUCCUUCUCCCAACUUCUCAAAAGUCAAACUCAUGUCCAGGCGUAUCUUCUACUACAUGUGUCUAUGGCGCAGGAAAAGGAUUUCGGCAGUAGAUCCAGCGUGUAUUGCCUCCGAUUCCGCCACCAAGGGAGUAAUGAACGCGCAGUGUGCCAACUCGCCAUGUUCGCGUCACUAGUCUGGAACUCUGGAGGCUUUGCCAGUCACACGAUGCCCACUUCCUUCUUUCUCAAAGACAGGCUCCAUAACCAUCCACUUAAGUCGGCUUACUCCCGUAACAAUAAAGCCUACCAGGCGGCAGCCACCAGGCUCUUCAAUUUCCUGAUUUACUUAGGUUUAGGUUCAGUUCGACAAAGGGUGAGCUCAGACGUUGUGGCGCUCGGACGUAGCACGCGGCGCGCAGCGGCAGAGAGGGACGAAAAUUUAGUUUCACAGAAACAAACCUAA